AUGGACUCGCCAACACUCGGAUCAUACCGUACAAUGCCCACCAACCAGAACACGCGCAAGACGUCUGCACCUCAGCGAUCAGCACUGCCACCGCGCAGCAAACCAGCGCUGAAACCAAAGCCCGCCCACAUUCGCGGCAAGAAGAGCAGCAGCGACAGCAAUUCAAGCGCGAGCGCAUCGGGAACCCCGUCAUUCGGCACACGCCUGGCCAGGGGACGCGCAAGCGCAGCAGCGGUGGAAUCACGGCCGCUGCCACUACCGCGCAAAGCCACCACCGCAGCAAAGUCACACCCGCGCCGUGCAAGCGACAACAGCCACCACCUGCGCCAGGCCCCGCCAUCACACCAGGUGCUGCUCCUGCAAGGCUUCCGCGAGGCGCAGCGUGAAACAGACACGGAUGCCAUGACCACGAGCUACGACACAGAAGAGGACGACAGAGCCGGGUGCAUGAGUGACGCACUGUCGCGUGCAGAGCUCUCUGCGCUCGUGUACAGCGACGAUGAGCACGACGAUGAUGAUGCCGACCACCACAGUCAUCACCAGCAGCAACUUGCAGCCACCAGCGGGCACCGCGAGUACAAGCGCGUCGCCUCUGCACAACACAGGCCCGCAACUGCGCCGGGUGGCGUGAAGCGAGCACACAUGCACACACAGCACCAGCACCUGACGCUUCGUCGUGGUGAGGACCAACGCCACGAUGACAUUGCUGAUGACGAUGGAGAAGAGGAAGAGGAUUAUGAUGUGGUUGAUCCUCAUCCAGAAGUCAACGUGUCAUCAGCGCAACAGUUACUGUUUCAACAGCAGCAGCAGCAGCAGCAGCAGCAGCAAGCGCACAUGUCGCAGUAUGAUCCCAAGCACCCACAGAGCAACGAUGAGUACACCACAGAUGGCGAUCAGGCUCCAUAUGAGUUCAUGUCUGCACCACGUGGCCGGUGUGCUCUCAACAGCGACACUGCAGAUGAUGAUGGUGAUGGUGGUGCCGGUGAAGAUGGCAGCAAGGGCGGCGGAAACAGGCUGGCCCGCCACGCCAUGCUGCGUCGCCCUCACCUCGGUCGCAAGAAGCGGGGGUCAAAGGGGAAGCGUGCAAGCAAGCGCAGGGACAGUGUGCGACAAGUUGGCGCCGUGCAAGGGAAACGCCGCUACAUCUUGGCAGAGGUGCUGGAAACAGAGCGCGCGUACGUGAAGGACCUGCGGGACAUCAUCACGGGGUACAUGCACCAGAUGACAGACGUGCUCGCCAAGACGGAGGUCAAGGAGAUCUUCGGGAACCUCGAGCACAUCUACCAGUUCCACGUGGAAUUCCUCAGAAAGCUGGAGAAGGUGCUGUAUGAGCGGCCUGCGCACUUUGGAUCGCUGUUCAUGGAGAUGGGCGACAGGUUCAUGCUCUACACAGACUACUACACCAACUACCCAAAGGCCGUCGCAGCCAUCAAGCGGAAGCAAGAGCAAGCCGAGUUCAAGGGCAAAGUACUUGCGUGCCAGACCAUGCUGGAGCAUCAGCUGCCGCUCGUCGACUAUUUGCUCAAGCCCGUCCAGCGGCUGUUGAAAUACCCGCUCUUCCUCAAGGAAAUGUUGAAGGCGACGGAGCCGAGUGAUGACGGGUACCACAAGCUUGAGAUGGCAGACACCAUCAUGAAAACAGUUGCAACCAGGAUCAACGAGAUCAAAGCGCGCAUUGAGAUGGACGAGUACGCGCGUGAGCUGCAGGAACGCGUGGUCGGCUGGGACGGAAUUCCGCUCUCCAUGCUCGGCCGAUUGCUCGAUUUGGGCGAUUUGAAGGUCACAGAGGACAACAAGACGACAACUCGGCACAUCCUCCUCUUCGAAAAGGCCCUGGUUGUGUACAAGUGGAAAAACGCGUACGAUUUGACAAUCAAGCGCAUGUUCAUGAUGGACGAGACGUUUGUGGACAACUGUCUCCCUGAUGAUUCCUUCUUUCGCGUCGUCUCCGUCGAGGGAAAGCCGAUGGUACUCCACAGUGAUUCCGUGAAGGAAAAGAAGUAUUGGAGCACAGCUGUCACUGCGACGGUAAAACGUUUCAAGGAGACUGGCGAGUCCUCCGUCCAGCUGCGUCAGGCCUGGCUCAAGGAGAAGGCGUCACGCAAGAAGAAGGGGCUUAUGUCCCCAACCGGCGGCCACAAAGCCAAACGGGGAAAGAAGAUUGCAGCAAAGCUUCUCAAAGCGCCGCAGCGGCGCCGAUCCCAAACUCUCGAACAAGUGGAAGCAAAACUACAAGCUGCGACCACCGCCAUUGCGCUGCGGGCACACGCGGCCGAGGCAUCCGAGCCCAUGCACGUAGUUGACGUGUCCAAAGUCAAGGCGCGGCGCCUCACAUCUGGUGGCGGCGUGCUGUCAGACUCCGAGCCAAACACACCGCUGCCGUCGACCCCCAAUAUGGGGCAGCGCGGCAACCGCACAUCCGCGCUCAUGGAGAUGACAGAGUCAGACACAGACGGGCAGGUGUCGAGCGCGCGGCCUUCGUUUGCACAGCAGAGCGCCGUGCUCGGCGCUGUGGCGGCUGACGACCAGCGGUUUUUCGUGUCUGUCACGUUUCCGGACAGCAGCCACACCACCGUUGUUGUGCAGCAGGGGCAGUCCAUCACGUCCGUCUUCUCCAGAGCCCUGGUUCGUCGCGGCCUCAGCGUUAACGACCACCACCUCGUCACAGCAGAUGGCAUUGAGAUUGAGUGGGAGGCACAAGUGGGCGACACACUCCGCCGCUCGCAAGCCGUACGCGUUGUGCCUGGUCCUGCAACAACGCCAACACGCAGCCCACGCAACCAGACAAAGAAGAAGAAGAAAAUCAGCCUGGCAAUGUCGGAGCAGUGGGAGUCCAAGUUCAGCACUGCCGGCGACUCUCUCCCUGGCGACGUGCUCCGUCAACAGCAACAACAACAACAGCAGGAGCAGCAGAAACAACCGUUGCCUGCACGCAAGCCCCGGCGGUCUUCCAGCCACAUGUCUGUGCUGACACAGGACCUGCACGUGCCCCCGUACUCGUACACAUCCCAGCAGCAGAGCGCGAGCACAACGUCCCUUGCUCCACUUGCCCAACAACAACAGCAACAGCAACAGCAACAGCAACAGCAACAGCAGCCGCAACUACAGCAGCAACAAGAACGUGGCGCGUCGAAGGCAAUGCUCACGACCAAGAAAAGGGCCGGGUCUGGCGAGUCGACCCGCGUUCCGUCGCUUGUGAGCAUUCGCGGGCACACAGCCACCACCUCCACCAGCAGCAUCAGCAUGGGCAGCAGCGGCAGCCGACCAACAUCGAGUCAGCAGCAGUACCGCCGGCCACGCCGUGCAAGCAGCGCCAUGUCUGUCAUCAAGGAGACGUUUGUGGAACCGGAACACCGGCAACCACUACAGCACCAGCCGCAACAGCCACAACACCACAUGUCGCAACACCACGACAUGCAGCGACAACAACCGCAGCAACAGCGGCUGCGGACACGUGCAAGUGAUGCUGCAAUAAUCACCGCCACCCGCUCGUCUUCUGGCGUGUUUGCAUCGUCACACCUCCACCUUCUCUCGCAAUCGCAUGAACACCAGUAUCCGAGUACGCGUGCGAGUGUCGACAACGGCAUCAUCACCAGGGGGCCACCGCCAGCAAUGGCACGAAUGGCACAGGCGGCAACACAGCGCACCACCACCAUCAUGACGGCCACAGCAGCGACCACCACGACCACAACCACCACCACGACACCACCGGCACCAGCACCAGCACAGCACAGGACUGCAAAAGUGCUGUCAUCAUCGGGGCCGCUGCCGCUGCGACACGCGAGCUCGCCGGCGCUGCUUGACGAUGACGACCGGGCCUCCUCCACGUCAAGUCUCUCUGAACAGCUGUCCUCAUUCUUCAAGGCAGUGCGCGUGGAGGACUUGGGGAAGAAUCUUCCCAUCCCCAAGAAACUCAGCAGAGAAGGGUCACGCGACAGCACGCUCAGCGCACGUGGACCCAACGCAGACGCAAGAACUGUGGAUCAUCAGCAACAACCGCAUCAGCAACAGCAGCAGCAAGUACAUCAACUGUUUCAACGCAACAGCGCUUCGCAAGCCGCUGUCGGUGUCGUUAAGGCGAGGAGCUGUGUGCAUGUGAACGGCAAAGACGCAACACUUGGUGGCAUCUCACAGAGCAAUUCCCUGGACGUGGAGCCGGGCGAUGUUGCGAUGGACACAAGCGGAGAUGGCGAUGGCAAUCAUCAUCAUCAUCAUCAUCAUCAUCAUCAUCAUCAUGACGACGACGAAGAAUAUGACGUUGGUCGCAUGACAGAGCUGCUUCGUCGUUCCAGCGCCACCCCACCUGGUGGACGGCGCAUAUCCGUGCAUGCAGGCAGCGACGGCACCGUGAGCGAUGGCGAAGUGGUGGUGAAGCGCCACAGCUCUCUCUUCCACAAUCACAAUGAGUUGUCCGACAACGACGACGACGUUGAUUACGACGACUACGGAUACGAGCUCGAUGAUGCCGAUGAUGAUGAUGAUGAUGAUGACGACGACGAAGAUGAUGACAAAGUGUAUCGCGAUGGGAUGUUUGGUCACGACGGUGUUGGUGGAGAUGGCGAUGAGUACACGGACAGUGUUGAUGACGAGGCUGACGGCAGCGUCUCACCCCUCGACCGCCUCACCUCCAGCAGCAGCCACGUCGAGUGGGACCAGCGCGUCAUGAACAAGUUGUACGGCGCACAAGCGGAAGCGUCAUCCUCGCCAUCGCUGCACCACCAUGCCCACGGCACAGCGGGCAGGGGCAUGAAGGGUGUGCAUCGUGACCAGCUGCGCCAAGCCAUCGACUGGACAUCCAAUGGGCUCGAUACAGUGCUGGACAUUCGAUCCAUCAGCGACAGCGGCAAGACAACCCCGUCAAGCACCCCCGGUGUUGGCUACGAGGAGGCUGUGCCGGCGGACAUGGACGUGGUUGAGUUUGGCGGCGCCCGUGGCCGCACCGGCACACGCGCACAAGCACACAAACAGCGCCGCACCUCUCCCCUCAGUGUGGCGAGUGGUGGUGCUGGCAGAACACACGCACGCACACAAGCCGAGGGCGGCAAUCAUGAUGAUGGUGAUCAAGAUGGUGGUGAGGAGAUGGCUGGAAUGGUUGAAGCCACGGAACUGCGUGUGCACGCUCACGACAGCGAUGAGGAAGAGGCAGCGAUGGUUGGCAUCCAGGCCGCGAUUGAGGCAGCGGAAGGCUGUGGCGACGGCAGUGACAAUGGCGGCUAUGGCUACGAUGACGAUGAUGAUGAUGAUGACGAUGAGGAGGAAGAUCUUGACGCAAUCAACGCCAGCUACCUCCACAUCGAAUCGAACGACGACGGCGAGAGUGACGCUGGUGAUGCUGACGAUGCUGAUGGUGUGAGUGAUGGCAGGUUGCAGCUUGUUGGGCGCCAGGAAGCAAGUGGCCCGGCAGCACGCCGUCGCGUGCAGGAAUUGCGUGCGUGCUUGCAGGCAGACAUGGACGAUUACGAGACCAUGCUGCUGGAGGACAGGCAGGCCAUUCUUGACACGACGGCAACGAAAGCCAACGCCAGUCAUGCGGACAGCAAUGACAGGAAGCCGCGGCACCAGCAGGAGCAGCAGCAGUACACGGCUAGCCAUGACAAUGACGAGGAUAGCAGCACACGCGGCGGUGGCAGCCGCAACCCGGGCAGAGGGAGCGACAACGAAGACGCGCCCGCUGUGGAAGGUGCUAUCACCACGUCCACUGCCCUGGCGCUGCUUGCAGGCAAUGCAGCUGCAGCUUACGAGGAAGCGCGUGAUAGCGGACGGCCGUCUGUUGAUCUGACAUGUAUGACGGGAUCUGAGCAGAACUUGUUUCUGUCGCCGCGCUCACGUCGGCGUGCCUCUGCCCAGCGCCGCGAGGUCAACGUCAGCAACGACGACGAUGGCAGUGACGGUGAUGUGGACGGUUCCAGCAUGCGCGCAGGUGGUGAUGGGAACACGACGACUUCCGCCACGGGUGGGGAGGACAGCGAGGGCUUGGCGUUUUCCUUCACACAGAGCGAUAUUCGCAAGUACAGCGAUGACACUGCUGCCACCGCCCCGCAGCAGCAGCCAUCAAGUACCAGUGAGGGCCAGCAGGAAUCGCCGUCGUUGCUGGAUGUGCGGGAGCGCGUGUCAACACCGUCGUAUCACGGUCACCGCCAGCGGUCGAGGGAGGAGCUGGCACGCCGCAUCUCUGAGGAACUCAUGGACGAAAAAUCCAUUGCCGGGUUGCUUGCAAGCAAACAACAACAACAACAACAACAACAGCAGCAGCAGCAUGGUGAAGAGAUCGCAGCUGUGGCAGGAUCCGGUGUGCAGAGCCAACAGCGGCUGCAGCGUAUGUUUGGCGAUGUGUCGGCAGCAACGGCAGUCAAAUCUUCAAAAGGCACAACCACAACCACGUUUGGUGCAACAACGACGACGACAACAACCACAAGUGCACGCGUAGCAGCUUCAGCAGCAGGCACAACUCAGCAUGGCGGAAGCGGACGUGGGUUGCCCCAUCCUCGACGAACAAAACCGAACGUCGCACCAAAGCCUGCGGCGCUGUUACGGUACGCGAAGCGAACCACGGCCCUCUGUGAUGCAUCUGCAUCCAACAGCAGCAGCGAUGCGGAUGGAGCAGCCCAUGCAACCGCAUCGGAGGACGACGCAACCACCACGCCAACGAUUGUUGAGACCACGGCUGACGACCACGGGUCGUUUGCACGGGGAGCAGGAGCAGCUGCUGCCGACUUGCUGCGCCGGGGUGACAGGCUCUUCGCCGGCACCAACUCUGCGACACUGUCUUCUGGUGAUGACGGAAAUUAUGACGACGACAACGACGACGCUGAGGCUGAGGCUGACACGUUGGGCCAGCUGCUGUCAAUGCACCGGUUGCCACACCGCAGACCAAGCACAGACGCAUCAACAACGCUUUCGUCCGGUUAUGAGGCAGACACGUCCGCAAACGCCACACGGCCCGUGUCCCUGGCCAUGAGCGAUGGAUGCAUGUCGCGGUUUGGUGGUGAUGAGAGCAGCGAUCCCUUGCCUGCAAGCACGCCAUCCUCGCCCAUGGCAGCGAUGAUGCACGACGCACAUGUUACGGACGAAACGACAGAAACAACAAGUGCAACGACAGAAACAGCGACAUCAACAGCAGCAACAGCACCGCGAGCGCCGCUGCUGCGCCGCCACUUGUCCCGAGAUACGUUUGAGGUACUGUCGCAAAUCACGGAUGCGCUCGACUCCCUGGUUGGCCGGGGCAGCGCCGUUGCUCGUGGUGAACGAAGAGCGUCAAGCGCACACGGGCGCAGCCACAGCAUCACGACGCGUGACGAUAUGGCGCUGCGUACGGAUGGCGGUGAUGAGCAGCGGCCAGUGCACCGCCACCGCCGCAGUCGCUCUGACAUCACCGCCGGGCUCGCACUCAACCUGGCUGAUGUGUACAGCCACGACGAUGCGCUUGGCGAAGAUGAGGAUGAUGGCAACGUGACAGUCACGGAGGUGCUUGGCGCAAGCAGCGACACACCCGAGACGACAACACCAACACCAUCGGCCGCCACGACAACAGCCGGACUGUCGUCGAGACUUGGGAGCGGCCCACCAUCCCCAACACGCACACGGCGGCGAUACCUCUCUCUCCGCCGGCGCACGCUCGAGAGCACCAGCAGCGACGCCACGUCGACAGGGAUGAUGACCAAGGGGCUGCCAACACGCGGCAGCGCAACAAGCGCAGGGUCUCCCCCGUGUGUCGGCGAUGGUGGCAGCGGCAGCGGCGUGAGCACGGGCUGUGAAGAUGCCACUGACGGCGAGCGCACGCCCCGCAGCAGCGUUGACAGCACAUGUGCGCAGGAGCAUUCCGAUGCGUCUGCAUCCGACAAUCAGCAGCAGCGGCAGCCGUCGCCACAGCGGUACAAGGGGCGACGGCGACAGAGCAACACAGCGUCAACAAACGACACCAGCAACAGCAACAGCACCAGCAGCAGUGGUGGUGGUGGUGGCUUCCUUCGGUUGCUGCGGUCUCCAACGCGCCGCAGGUCAAAGGGCAGUUCAGCUGCCAGUGGUGUUGGCGAGCAGGACGGGGGCGCCACAACGGACGGCACUGAGACGGAAACUGCAGACGAAUGCGAGACCGUGCCAGUGCAACGCAGUGGAGACAAGACAGCGGCCAAGAAGCGAGGAAAGCGCACACCAAGCACGAGCAGCAAUAGUGGCAGCGGUGGUCACAGGUGGUCCCUCAUGUCGUUCCGGCGUGGUGGGCGCUCGAAGAACAACAGCGCCAGCAACAGCAAGGCGUCCACAUCCAACUCCACGCCGUGUUCAUCACCGAUUCCUGAACUGCCAGAGGAGGCAUCAGCGGCAGCAGAACCACGGUCAUCUUCGCUGCGGACGAAGGCACGCACGGAUGAAGGAGUGAAGGCAACCACAUCCUCAACAUCGCAAUCUUCCGCGUCACCGUCAGCAACAACAACGACAACACCGACAACCAGUGCUUCGCCGUCAUCGGCGUCAGCGCCAACACCACCAACGCGCCGCGGUGGUCUUCGCUUGAGUCUCCGUCGCAAGUCCCCGACGUCAUCUCCAACACGUGCCACUGCAGCCACGAGCAACACAGGCGAAAGCUCGAGCACAGCCAAGCCGCUCUCUGUGCGGGAGCAGAUACAGAUGCUGAAUUCGCGGGCGGCGGACUCUGCGCCGUGCACGCGAUCACCAUCGCCGGCGAACGUGCAGCAGAACAGGGCACCGUCGCCGUCGCCGCUGGCACGCACCCCCGCCCACCACACAGUCGCAAGGCCCAACCCGACAUCGCCCACACCCCAGGCCACGACGGUGCCAAUGGCAGCAGCAGCAACAGCAACAACGGCGACGGCAUCUGACACCAGCACAUCACCAGCAACACCCACAGCAGUGUCGCCCGUUGCUCCGUGCCAACAACCACAGCAGCAGCGGCAGCAGCAGCAGCAGCAGCAACAGCAUUCGAGAAGGCCUCCGUCGCAGCAGCUUGAGCCCGUUCCCGCGUCCCGCAUCAUGGAGUUUAUCCACAUGUUCAACAAGGCCACAGCAGACAAAGUGGGCGGCAAGACCACUAGCACGGACAACCACGCUGGUGCCAGCAGUGGUGAUGUGCGCACGCGCGCUCAGAGUUUGGACAUUGCAUUCAGCACAGCCUCCCCAACAAAGCAUCACGCGAGCCAUCAACAAGAACAACAACAAAACCAACAACUGCAAGAACAGCAGCAGCAAGAACAGCAGCAAACAACACGUGCUGCGCCAUCUCCGGUGGCGCGCGCGGGAGUGCUGCAUCAGACGGCAGAACGCGGCAGCCGUGAGAGCUUUUCGUUCUGGCGCAUGCGUGAACGCCAGAGCCAGGAGCAGCUGAAGCUGGGCGAGGACCGCAGAAGUGGACGCAGCAGUCUCACCUCGGCCUCGCAUGCUGUCGGUGGCAGUGGCAGUGGGAGGGCUGGUUUCAGCCUUCGUACCGACAACGCUGCCAAGGCCCCGUCAUCGGCAAGCGGUGUCGGCGAGAAGGCUGCGCACACCACCGCUGCUGUUGGUCACCUGCACAAGCAGGGCAGCACGGGCAUUCCCCACGCGGUGGAGCUUGAUGCAGCCGAGCACGGUGCCAUGACGUCCUCGAGUCAAUCACAGCGCCCGCGCCAUCAUGGUGGAGACAGCGAGCAUGUGCCACCAACAACAUCGUCGUCAUCGUCGUUGUCGUCCACAGCAGCGGCAGCAGCGGCGAAUGUGCGGAGUCUUGCGCGUCAGUUUUCCAAGCGCUCACGCCAGGACGGCACCAGCGGGAGGGGGCGCCGCCUCUCGCCCGUACGCCGGCAACAGGUGCCUGCAGGCAACCACGCCCACAGCGGCAGCAGCAGCGCAUCUCAACAGCACAAGGAUAAGAGCAACGAAGGCAGUCAAGUACUGAAGCAAGUAUCCAACACACGCAUCCCUGUUCCAUCAUCCCCACCAACAGCGGCAGCAGUGACAAAGACAGACGACGACAAACCACGACGCGGGUCCAAGUUCUGUGCUGUCGCCCCACGCACAAGCACGACGGAAACACCCGCGCACGGGUUCUCCACCACGUCGCACGUUGGCCGCGGUGUGGCUGCAUUCACGCAGUUGAUCGAGGGCACAACUGGGGGCUCUCGCACACGCAGCAGUGGCAGCAGCUGCGGCAGCGGUGGUGUCACAGCACAGGUGACGCACCAGCAGCAGCCACCGCCGCACCACCACGCGCCCAGCGGCGGCGGCGGCGGCGGUCGCGUCAACAUGCGAAUGAACAGGGUGCCGACGCCCAACAGCAAGGACUCGCACGACAGCAGCAGCGCUGGGGUGAAGGCGGCAUCCUCGUCGCUCGCUUCAUCCAAAGGGCUCAACUCGCCCAGCAGAACACCACGCCCCUCAGCAUGACGUGCUCGGAAGGAAUCGUGUUGACCCUGACCUGUGUGAGGCUGUCGAUGUUAGGAUGUUGGUGUGCGUGCUCACCAGAGUAAGCAGCCUUCACGCACGUGACUCGCCAACUUCUGUGCCUGUUGUGUUGCACGGCAUUGGUCCCAGUGCUCACCUUAUCUUGCGUACAAUUCUUCUUGUUCGUUUUGUGUCUUUUGCUUUUGUUUUUGACAACACCACUGAGGCCCACAUGUUCGAGAUGUGUUUCGCCCAAUUCAUUUUUUUUUUGGUUUCCUUGUACACACUGUGUAGCAGCAGAUUCUAUUCUUUUUGUUUCAUAGCCAUGCAUGACUGUAGUCAACAGGUCAACACACGUGCUGUUCUUUCUUGACACUUCUUUUGUUUGCUCCUCAUCCAUCACCCUUUUCCCCCCAGCAGUACAAACACAAUAUCGCCACACACACACACGCAAGC